AUGGUGCUGAAGUUGAAGGAAGAGCUGGAACACCUUAACCAGGCCAGUGAGGAGAUCAAUAAACUGGAACUACAGCUGAAUGAAGCGAGGAAUACCUACCGGAAAAUACUGUCGGAGUCUGCAAGGAAGCUGAAUGCUCAGGGUUCACAACUCGGCAACUGCAUCGAGAAGGCCCGGCCUUAUUAUGAGGCCCGACGACAGGCCAAAGAGGCCCAGCAGGAAACGCAGAAAGCCGCCCUGCGGUACGAGAGGGCGGUCAGCAUGCACAAUGCGGCCCGUGAGAUGGUGUACGUGGCCGAGCAAGGGCUGAUGGCAGACAGAAACAGGCUGGACCCCACCUGGCAGGAGAUGCUGAAUCACGCCACCUCGAAGGUGAAUGAGGCGGAGGAGGAGAGGUUGAGGAGCGAGCGGGAGCACCAGCGGGUCACCCAGAUGUGCCAGGAAGCUGAGGACCGUGUCCAGGAGCUGCAGAAAUCCCUCAAAAGGAUGAUCAUCAAAUCCAAGCCCUACUUUGAGCUGAAAGCCCAGUUCAACCAGAUUCUGGAGGAGCACAAGGCCAAGGUGACGGCCCUGGAGAAGCAGGUGGCCCAGGCCAAGACCAAGUACUCGGUGGCCCUCCGCAACCUGGAGCAGAUCAGCGAGCAGAUCCACGCUCUCCGGCUGCAGAGACUGGGCUGUCGCCGGGCAUCGCCGGUGGGGGCUGAGGCCGUGCCAGUCUACCCUGAGCGGGAGCUGGAGGAGGAGGAGGUGGACAAGGCCUCGGCCUACCCCCUGCUGGGGGCGGAGGAGAAGGGGGCCCCGCUGCCUCCCCCCUCGGACAACCUGUCAGUGCUGAGCUUCCAGACCAUCGCCUCGGACCUGCAGAAGUUUGACUCGGUGGAGCACCUCGGCGAUCUGUCGGACGCGCUGAGCCUGGACAGCGACGACCUGAGCCGGGAGGCCCAGAGGCCGAGGAGGACCUUCUUCCCCUUCAAGCACCACCGCAGCGUCAGCCUGUGAAGGGGGCGGUGGGCCUGAGAGCCCCAGGGGCCGAGGAGGACCAUGGCGGGAGGCUGGGGGGUGGGGGUGGGGGUGGGGCGUGGCUGCCACUGCCACUGCAUCCCAACCCUACCCCCCGCCCCCCGCCAAAUCGUACACUGUUUACACCAUUGUAGAUACCAAUCUGUCUCAAUCAGAGAGAGAGAGGAAUCCACUCCCCUCCCCAGCUAAAGCCCACCUCUGCUCCCUCAAGGUAGUCGACUUUUUAUCAUAAACGUGCCCACCCCCAUCCCUGAUGUACAAAUUUAACAAAAACGCUGCUCUGCAAAGGAGGGGGUGCAGCUCAAUUUAUGCACAUCUGCGAGCUCUUUCCCCCCCCUCAAAAAAAAACUCAAUGGUUAUGGUGAAUAACCAUUAUCCUGCUGAAUUACCACAGUCACUAUACAGUGCAUACCUAGGGUGUGAUUUCUGGCCCAGUCGAUAAGCAGGGAGUUACAAUGGGUCAACCCUCAUCCUGCUGGUUUGGUGUCGAUUCCGUACGGUUCAUAGCCAAUAACCCUCACCCCUUGCUGUUGCAGUUAGGGACUAAUUCAUACCCUGCUCGAGAAGAAAAGCCCUAUUGCAUAUAAUUACGCAGUAAGUAACCCUUUUACACUGCUGACUGAACAUGUACUUUGCACAACGAGGAAGUAAUUUAUACCCCACUGAAUUUAUGGGGUCUCCGUAAAAUGUUGCCUUCAGUAGCUCCAGCCCUUUAAGUAUCCAGUGGGGUGGACACUGGUUCGUACCGGCCCCCACCCCCCAACAACUGGGUCAGUGGGUCAGACAUUGUCCAGCCAAACCCUCCCCCCACUCCGCCCCUCCAAAAAAAAAGGGUCUGGAUCUGGCUCUGCCAUUCCUGAUGCUGCUGAUUUGAUUAUCAUUUAUAUUUUAGUAACUGGUUUAACUGGAACGCCUCCCCAUUGGUCUUUAAACCAUCAGAGCAGUGGAGCUGAGCUGUACCUGUGCACCUCGCUGAGCUCACUUGCUUCUGUGGCCUGGGGAAUGGCUGCCAUGCUUCGCAGAACCUGGACUCAGGAAGGGGUAUAACUUGGCCAGGAGUUGCCCCACUCUGUACCUCUGCCUGGACACAUCAACUAGGGUCUCCCCCACUUCAUAUCUUCCCCCUCCAACCCCCCACAGGAUACAUCAGCGAGGCUUCAUCCAUCCUGUACCUGUCCAGGAUGAACCAGCCCUACGCCAUGUCUGCACCACCUCCCCCCCCCCCCAGGUAAAACCCCCGGGGGUCCCCCCCGUCCCGGACCCCCCCCCCCCACCAACCCCCAACCCCCAAAGCCUCUCCCUGGGUAAAUCGGCCAGGGUUACCCCGUGGCCCUGUCUCUGCCCGAGCAUCAUGUGGAGAGAGUGUGGGUGGCGGUGGUGUCUGUUUCAACUGCCUCCUGCUCAACGGGGAGAACGCCAAUGCGGGCAAGAGGGGCCGUAAAGGCAGAACCGGCUGGCCCACCCUGUCCCGAAGCAGCCAACCUCCCCGCACCCACCCCACCCACCACUCCAACUCCUCCCCACCCGCUAAGACAAACCGGGGUGAGGCAGCAACACCAGUGGGACGAUCCGACGGGAACGGUUUUGAUUUGAUUUUGAGAUGUUCAAGCUGGCCUGCUUUCUUCUGCUGCCUGUUUCUGGUGCCACACCUGCCUGGCACUGUCGGUACGAUGGACCUGGCGCUCCGAGAGGCGGGUCAAAUGACUGCGUCAGUGCCAGUGUACCUCAAUCAUAUUUAUUAUAGACCUGUUUUUAUAUCUGUUCGCAUCUGUCUGUGUGCGCGUGUGAUAGUACGGACUUCAGAAUAAAGUUGGGAGAAUUUGUCUGCCUUGGUAUCGAUUCAUUACCUAUCAUAAGGCAUGCAUUAGGACCAGGAGAAGACCAUUCAGCCUGCUACCCAUUCAAUAUGGUACCUUUGGACCUAAGAUGGUGCUGUGAGUGGUGACUAUAAACUUUUUGCUGUACUCACCAAGUAUGUGACAAUAAAGCUAAUUCAUUGAUUCA